CAAUUUCUUACAAAUCCGGAUACUAACGAAAUCACAGAUAUUAUUUGGGUUCAUCCCAUGAGUCUAGAGCUAUCUGUCAACUUUCCGUCUGUACUGAUCAUUGAUGCCACGUACAAGACCAAUGAGUAUCGAAAACCACUAUUGGAGGUUGUUGGUAUCACAUCCACAUGGCGAACUUACUCGCUUAUGUUCGCUUAUCUUAAUAAUGAGAGAGAAGAGACAUUGACAUGGGCAUUGGAUAACUUAAAAAACUGGAUGCUUCAAAAGGGGGCGUCGAUGCCAUUGGUGUUUGUUUCAGAUCGGGAUUUAGCGCUUAUGAACGCCAUUGAAGCAUGUUUCCCUACGGCACGUCACAUCUUGUGUAUUUGGCACAUAAAUCAGUGCGUCAUGAAGAACUGCAGUCGUGUGCUUGGUCCGGAAUGGAAGCGCUUCAUCAAGUCAUGGCACUCGCUUAUCAAUUCAUCUACACCUUCGUCUUUCAAACAUAAGUGGCAAGCCAUGUGCGACGAUUUUCGCCAGUUCCCGUAUGUCAUAACUUACCUGUGGCAAACAUGGUUAAGGUCGUACAAAGAGCGGUUUGUUUCAGCAUGGACAGAUACAUGUAUGCACCUCGGAAGCAAUUCAAGUCAAAGGGCAGAGUCUGCACAUGCGAGGCUAAAGCUAUAUUUGGGGGAUACUAUGUCAUCGCUACAAACAUCUUUUGAUAAAAUAGAAAAGAUGUUGAAAAAUCAGUUCGGGGAAAUUAAGAAGUCGUUCGAGAAAUCAUUGAACAUUCCACGCCACAAACAAUUGCGUGACGACAUUUUUGAUCAGGUUAGGUGUCGCAUUUCAUUAGAGGCAAUGGAGUUCAUACAUGAUCAGCUAGAAACCGCUUUAGAAGUAUCCCCCCACAUUGUUGGCUAUUGCAACUGUACGAUCAAAAUCACACACGGAUUGCCAUGCAUGCACGAUCUUGCAUAUUAUCGUUCCAUUUCCACUCCAAUUCCGCUAUGGAGUAUUCACGCUCAUUGGACUAGGUUGUCUAUGCACGCAACCGAGUUUAAUGAAGAGGGAGCACGACCUGACAGGACAUCUCAGGUCGUUGAGAUAUUAGAUGGGAUGGAUCCACCUAUGCGAGAGCAUAUCAUAGACAGGAUUAUCGAUAUGGCAGAUCCAUCUUGUAGUACAGUUCGACCUCCAUCGUACAACACAAAACAUAGAGGUCGACCUACAGGUAGAGAUGAGCAAAGUACACGUCGCAUACCUUCUUUCUCAGAAGCAUCCACUUCAAGAUCAAAGACUGCAACAUCGUGAGU